CUAAAGCUUCAUCAAAAGAUCUUAGCUCAUAUACUUUGGUUUGGACGGAUUGCAUCAUUAAUUUUAAAGUUUUGAUUUGGUCGAAUUCACAAUGAGAGAUGUGUAGAUAUUGUAUCCUUUGCAGGUAAUAAUGUUCCAGAGGCACCCCUUGGAGAUUCUCCAGGCCUGAGAAGUUGAGAAUUGGUGUACAGUAGAGCCCUCCCAGGGUUUGCGAGUUAGGAUAAGAGAAUUUGAUUGAUUAGUACUUGAGCAUUGCAUUGCUCUUACGACAAUUGAAUAUUGAGCAGUUAUGGAAGGUGACAUGAUGAAUCUGAUCAAGGUGUGCCCCUCAGUUGUCAUAUCUUUAUGCUACUGUUAUUGGAUCCGCAAAUUGGUCCCUCCAGGAAUAAAAAGACUUGUGUUUCUUCUUCCCAUCAUAUGCUUGUACAUUUUCAUUCCUCUCAGCUUUUCUUCUGUACACUUGACUGGCACCAUAGGUUUCUUCCUCGCCUGGCUAGCAAACUUCAAACUCUUACUCUUUGCUUUCGAUAUGGGACCUUUGUCCUCUCACCCAUUAAUCUCUCUUCCACGUUUUGUUGCUGUUGCGUGCUUCCCUAUCAAGAUCCAACAAAAUCAACCUCGUCAAAAUGGUAAAACCCCACAUCCAAAUCCAUCUUCAAUGAUACGGUAUGCCAUAAAGGGUCUUUCUUUGGGCGUUUUGCUGAAAAUCUAUGACUACAGCGAUCGUAUUCAUCCGAAAGUGAUAAUGUGCAUGUACUGUUUCCACAUCUACUUUUUGUUGGAAAUAAUCUUAGCCAUGGUUGCAGCCAUGGCUCGAAGCAUGAUGGGGUUGGAGCUGGAGCCACAGUUCAAUGAUCCACUGAGCUCAACCUCACUGCAAGACUUCUGGGGGAGAAGAUGGAACCUCAUGGUCACCAGCAUCCUGCGACCAACGGUGUACGAUCCCACAUUGAAAGCUGCAGUGAAUGUCGUGGGUCCCAAGUGGGCCCCACUACCAGCGGUGUUUGGAACCUUUGUGGUUUCUGGUUUGAUGCAUGAGUUGAUACUGUUCUACAUGGGGAGGUUGCAGCCCACCUUCUGGAUGACGUGGUUCUUUGUCCUACAUGGGAUCUUCCUGACGGUGGAGAUUGCGUUCAAGAGGGCCCUCACAGCCAGGUGCCGGUUGCCGAGGUUUGUGUCGGGGCCAUUGACCGUCGGAUUUGUCUUAGCCACCGGCAUUAGCCUGUUCCUGCCGGAGUUCAUACGGUGUCAGAUUGAUGUUAAGGCGUUUCAGGAAUACGCUGAGUUAGGGCAGCUUCUAAACAAUCUCACUUGCGGCAUCUUUCAUAAUAGUAAUCUUUAGGUGUGGGGAUAAUAUGCAUGUUUCGAGCAUAUUUUUAUAAGUCGUCUUUUAUCACUACUAUGCGAUUCAUUUCUUAUUUAAUAAACAAGCAUUACCUAUUAAA